AUGAGAACAAUCGCACUAUCAGCAUUAAUGUUGUAUCUGUUCUUCGCCGGACAAUGUGGCGGAUCUCUGUUAUCGUUACUCGAUCACCAUCCUGAUCCAAUCGGAAGCAGUUUGUUGUCCGAUCUCAUCAGAUCCGAUCUGUUUUCGAACCCUUUUAAAGAAUUGGAGCAGAUUCCGUUUGGAAUCGAGCUAGACGAUGAAGUGAUUGUGUUGCCGGCGAGAGUGGAUUGGAAGGAGACACGCGAUAAUCAUGUCAUCACGAUGGAUGUUCCUGGGAUGAAGAAGGAAGAGUUGAAGAUUGAGGUGGAGGAGAAUCGGGUUUUGAGAGUUAGUGGAGAGCGGAGGAGGGAGAAGGAGAAGGAGGAGGUGGAGAAAGACGGUGGUGGUGAUCACUGGCACCGCUGUGAACGGUCGUAUGGAAAGUUCUGGAGACAGUUUAGGUUACCUGAAAAUCUCGAUCUGGAUAAGGUGAAUGCGAGGCUUGAGGACGGAGUGUUGACGAUUUCGAUCGGGAAAUUGACACCGGACCAGAUAAAAAGGCCGAAGGUGGUGAGCAUUGGUGCCGGAAAACCAUCUGCGCUGCUGUCUGAUGCGGAGACGAAAUCGGAACUUUGA